AUCCUUAUCAAUUCCAUUUUGCAGGAAUCUAUUGUUGACAUUCAAGGUCAAGUAGAAAAGGUUGAUGCACAAAUUGAAUCAUGCACACAGAAAAAUGCCGAACUUCACGCAAUCCAGGUGUUCGUUGUAUCAGCAGCGGAGCCACGACUUCCUCUUCAAAUUGAAGAUGCCAGCCGGCGGGCAGACAGCGCUGACGGUCUGGCAGCAGUAAAUCUUGACACAAGGCUAGAUAACCGUGUACUCGAUUUGCGUACGACAACGACUCAAGGCAUUUUCUCACUGCAGGCUGGUGUCUGCAAACUGUUCCGUGAUACUUUAACUGAGCGUGGAUUUGUUGAGAUUCAUACCCCAAAGAUCAUCUCCGCUGCGAGUGAAGGAGGUGCCAACGUUUUCACGGUGUCUUACUUCAAAGGUUCUGCAUACUUGGCGCAGUCUCCACAGCUGUACAAGCAGAUGGCUAUUGCUGGCGAUUUUGGAAAGGUGUUUACCAUCGGUGGUGUCUUCCGAGCUGAGGAUUCAAACACCCACCGACAUAUGACGGAAUUUGUAGGGCUCGAUUUGGAAAUGGCCUUCAACUUCCAUUAUCACGAGGUGUUGGAAACGAUCGGAGCUGUUCUUAUCAGCAUAUUCAAAGGCCUUAAAAGAGACUAUGCUGCUGAAAUCGAAGCGGUUGGACGACAGUAUCCUGCUGAACCUUUCGAGUUUUGCGAGCCAGCACUCAUUCUGAAAUAUCCGGAGGCAGUGAAGAUGUUGCGAGAAGACGGUGUUGAAAUGGGCGACGAGGACGACCUUAGCACACCUGUGGAGAAGCAGCUAGGGCGUCUUGUGAAGGUGAAAUCAUGA